UGGCAAACGGAACGCAGUCGCAAAACGGCAACCGCUACGCUCGGACGUGUCGCGCGAUCAGUAAAAAGAAACAGAGUAGUAAUUUAGGAUUAAGUAAAAUAUAAAGCAGCCACUACUACUCAACAACCAGCUCCAGCAAGCUCAGAGUGUAUCAAAAACCUCCUCUUGCCAUGAUUCGCAUCCUAGUUGGAGUGAUUUGUGUGGUCCUUUGGUCGCCGGUUAGCCAGGCUCUAACCCCUGGCUUGCAGGUGGCCAAGCAGUGGAAACUCCUGCGCUAUAACUUCGAACCUCAGGCUCCGGUCUCCGAUCCUAAUUUCUACAAUCCCCAAAAUGUUCUCAUCACGGGCCUGGCUGUUACGGAUGAUCGGAUAUUUGUGGCCACGCCAAAGCUCUUCUCAGGAGUACCCUCGACUGUGAGCUGGGUUUCCAAGGCCCAGUUCGGGGAUUCCCCCACCCUGAACGCCUUCCCCGAUUGGACCUUCUCCAACACAGGACGCAGUGACUUCAACUGCAGCGAUCUCAUCCUGACUUCGGUUUACCGCCUGCGUGUGGACUCCUGCAAUCGCAUUUGGUUGUUGGAUGCUGGAAUAUCGAGAUCCCUGGAGGAUUACGAAAUCACCUGCCCGCCAAAGAUCCUGGUCGUAGAUUUGGCAACGGAUCGAGUGGUGAGACGUAUUGAUUUUCCCCCGGAGGUCCUGCGGGGAGAGUCCCUGUUCACCAACAUGGUAAUUGAUGAGACGACGGCCAAGGGAUGCGAUGAUGUGUUCGUCUAUAUUACCGACACCGUGGAGCCGGGAAUUAUUGUGUACGACAGUGGAAAGGACGUCACCUGGCGGGUAUCCCAUCCAGCCAUGUAUCCUGAUCCGGACUUCGCACAGUCCGAGAUUCAUGAACACCGCUUUGUUCUGAUGGACGGAGUGGUCGGUUUGACUUUCGAUGAGCGCACAGGUGUGGUUUACUUCCAACCUUUGGCCACGGAUAGAGUUUUCUCCGUGCACAAGAAUGUCCUGCGUGCGGGUCCUUUGCCAGAUGGCAAAAUGCUGGAUGUGAAACUCGUAGGCAAGAAGAGCUCCCAGGGCAUUGGCCUCGCCGUGUCCCCGUUCGACAGCAGCCUGAUCUUCAGUCCCUUGAGUGAAACAGCCAUCGCCUCAUGGAAUCCAACAACAAACCAACAAUCGGUGCUGGCCUUCGAUCGCGAUCAGUUGCAGUUUGUGGCCGAUAUCACCACCACGAAAUCGGAGCCGGGUGUAAUCUAUGCCAUAGCCUCGAAGUUCCAUCGCUUCUUCCUCAAGAACCUGAAUCCCAAUGAGUUUAACAAUCGCAUUGUUAGGCUGGAACUGCCCGCUGGAAACUCGCUGCUGGGUCAUCGAGUCGCCCUGCCCGCACCACCCACUCACAAUAGUUUGUUGAACUACGGCGUUUUCAAUACUCACGGUCAGGCCUCGACGAAUGCCCUGCAAACGUACUUCACCAGUCCGGCGCUGACCACGCCCUUUACCACCAAAUCGCCCUUUAAGUUCGAGACCGGCGGCAUUGUCAACUAUGCUGCUCGCAAUCCGUUUACAGCUUUGAAUCAGGGAGAGGCAUUCCCGCCCAGCAAGGCGACCAGGGACAACUACCAGCGGUCCUACUUGGACACCCUGGUGGGCACCACCUCUCCGGCGGCCACCACCCGAGUGGUUUCGGUGCCACCCACCGCCUUUAGUGGCCGCCACAGUGGUUACUACUAUCAGCGGUCCACGAGGUCGGUGGAUCAGCAGUGAAAGACAACUCGCGUACACUCUGCGUAUACGCAAUGCUCGCAGCAGCUGAUGUAAAUAUAAAAUGUAAAUUGAAUAAAUUAUUUUUAUGACAUA